AUGGAUGGUGAGCAGGAGAUUAAGCUCUUUGGGAAGUGGAGCGCUGAUGAUGUGUACGUGAAUGACCUAAGUUUGACUGAUUAUAUUAAUAUAAAACGGAAGGGAAAUCCAAUAGUCCCACAUACAGCUGGACGUUAUCAGAUAAAGCGAUUUCGGAAAGCAUUAUGCCCUUUGGUGGAACGUGUAUGUUGCUCUCUCAUGAUGCAUGGACGCAACAAUGGAAAGAAGGUUAAGGCUAUGAAUAUCCUGAAACAUACAUUCGAGAUCAUACACCUGUUAUCUGGUGAGAACCCAAUCCACGUUCUUGUCAGCGCAGUUCUAAACAGUGGGGCACGAGAAGAUUCUACGCGUAUCGGUCGUGGCGGCACUGUAAGACGCCAGGCUGUGGAUGUCUCACCCCUGCGUAGAGUCAACCAAGCUAUCUACUUGUUGUGCACUGGGGCUAGAGAAGCAGCUUUUAGGAACGUAAAAACCAUUUCCGAAUGCCUCGCAGAUGAACUCUUGAAUGCUGCGAAGCUCAAAUUCAUAUGCGAUAAAGAAAAAGGACGAAUUGGAGCGUGUUGCAAAAUCAAAUCGGUAGUGGUAAUCCAAAUAAAUCUUAUGGAUGUGUAUGAGCUUGGUACCUUGUUUGUUUCCUGAAAUGCGGGGUCGUCAUGCGUUAAUCAGUAGACCUCUGAUGUACUAGUUAAGGAUAUGGCUAGUCACUGAUAAACCAUUUUUGGGAUUCUUAGCAUACGAAUCCUAAGGAUAACGACAAGGUCUGCUUAGGAGGGGACUUGUAGUGUUGAGACGAUACGAUCUGGGUUUUUUCCCUCCUAAUCAACGGAGUCAUACCCGUCAGUCAUACCCGAAUCUUGUUUGUG